GGAACCCUGCUGAGCCCCUGCGCUGAACGACAGCCAAUCGCUUCGUUCUCCUAACUGCCAGUCACCGAAAUCCGUCCAAUACCCGCAGUGCCAUUUCUAAACUGUAUUCCCCACUGUGUCCUCCAACUGUUGUAUGUUCUGCCAAUCGCUUGAGGACAGAGUGGGAAAAGGAGCAAGCAGAGUUAGAAGCCGGACAAAAGAACUUAUAGACCCCUUAUAUACAUAUUUUCCUCAUGUUUUAGAGAGCGUAGUGAGGAGAAAAAACAAUUUCGGUGAGUGCGGAUGGACUUGCCAGUGUAGUUAUGGAACCCCCUUUAAGCAAGAGGAAUCCAGCGAUAAGAUUAGCGGAUUUGGCAGCGACUCAACCCCUUCCUCAUCAGAAUAUGACAGGCUUCCCGGGGCUAGGGGGGCAUCACCCUCUCUCCCACCAUGCCCACCUCCACCCUGGGGAGCUGGGCAACGACCCCGGAGUGGCACUCACUCCAUUUGGACCAGAGCACAUGGCACAGACAAAUGCUCUCAAACUUAGCCCAUCUCAGCACAUUCAGAGCCAUCCCGAAGCCCAGACCGCGGCAUCUUUCACUUCUGCUCAGACCACAGUUGGUUUCCCCGUGGCUCACCCCCACUCAGGCUACUCAAGCAGCAGGGACUUCAUCCUCAGGAGAGAACUCUCAGCCUCUGCUAUGCAUGCACUUGGCGACCAGCAUAGUUCCGCCUCCUCCCCUCAUCACCAUGGCAUGUUCAUCUCCCCAACAGGUGCUUAUGGGCACACGGAAAGUGGGGCCCAUUCACUUUUCUCUGGACUUCACGACCAGGCGUCCCCAGGUGCCCACCACCAUGCCCUCAACGGGCAGAUGCGCCUGGGUAUACCGGGGGACAUCUACGGCAGGCCAGAGCACUUCGGGCACAGGCCAGAGCACUAUGGACCUUCUUCUCUCCACAGCUACAACUCCAUGAACCUCAAUGUGAACAUCGCUUCUGCUCCUCACGGAGCCGCGGGGGCGUUUUUAAGAUACAUGCGGCAGCCCAUAAAGCAAGAGCUAAUCUGCAAAUGGAUCGACCAGGAGCAAAGUCAAAAGAAGCCCUGCUCUAAAACUUACAGCACCAUGCACGAGCUGGUAAACCACGUCACGGUGGAGCAUGUCGGGGGACCGGAGCAGAGCAGCCACGUCUGCUUUUGGGAAGAAUGUCCACGGGAAGGAAAGGCUUUCAAAGCGAAGUACAAACUGAUCAAUCACAUCCGAGUUCACACGGGAGAAAAGCCCUUCCCGUGUCCUUUCCCAGGAUGUGGAAAAGUGUUCGCUCGAUCGGAGAAUCUAAAGAUUCACAAGAGAACUCACACAGGGGAGAAACCUUUCAAGUGCGAGUUCGACGGCUGCGACAGAAAAUUCGCCAACAGCAGCGACCGGAAGAAGCACUCUCACGUCCACACCAGUGACAAGCCUUACUACUGCAAAGUCCGCGGCUGUGACAAAUCCUACACGCACCCGAGCUCGCUGCGGAAACACAUGAAAGUGCACUGCAAGUCCCCGCCGCCCCCGUCCACCAACGUCACCUACAUUUCCUCCUCAAACCCCCUCGGGGACCCUCUUUCGCCCAACUCUGAACCGCACAGGAACCGCUCCGCGAACCUCUCCCCUCAGGUUACCAACCUCAAUGAGUGGUAUGUGUGCCAGGGGAGCGGGGGACCCAACCACCUCCACACUCCCUCCAGCGAUGUGCCAACGUCAGAUUCAGACGAUGAGGACUCUUUCAGAAACUCAGACCCGAGGACAAUGCUCUGAUGUCCCGUUCUCAGCUAUAAGUGACUGUCGAACUUGCCACCUAGCAGACCCAAUAAAGUGUGUAUCCAUGCUGGCCCCGUGCGCUUGGGACCCUGAUCAUUAUUUUCUCUGUAGUAAUGUGCUAAAGGCAGCAAAUUCACAUUCAUUGCGGAUGCCAUGUAAUUAUGAGGAAGAAAUUUUUCUGAGGUGACCCCUGAACUUUGCCUGAAACGUAAACAGUCAAAGAAACCUUGUAAAGUUUAGAGCUGAGAGUGGAAGAUUAAAAGAAAAGCGGCUUCUCAUUCAAAACAGAAAUCUUUUUUUUUUUUUUUUUUUUUUUUUUUAUCAGAACAAUCAGAUUUCAAUAGGACCUUUCAACAUGAAUGAUUUCCAUAAGAUUAAUGCGCAGGUUUUAAUAAUCUGCAUGGCUUUAAGCCUCAACUGGUGUGCUGAAGUGACAUCUUUCACAUGGCCUCCCAUCAUCAUCAUCCUCCUCUUGUAGUUAAUAACUGGACUGCAAUUACUCACUGUCAUAUUAGGGACAUUUAAGGUACUGCCUGUAAGCUCAGGCGCAAGUGGAAACAAAUAUCAAUACCCUACAUGAGGCUUAUUUUUUAAAAAUUUGAUUUCUUUAAAAGGCGUGUGGUACAAAUUUUUAAAAAAGGACAAAAAAAAAUAAUAAUAUGAAGAGGUAAACAUCUGAGGGUCUUAAGGGUUCUCAUUUAACCUUUUUGGAUUUAUACACGUGUUUGGAUGAAUUUUUUUAAUAUUUAAGACCUAUUUAAGACUAUAUUUUAUGCAAAAUGCACAAGCGUAAUGCUUGUUAAAGAGUCCAGUAAGUCCCUUGAGACCCUAAAUGUCUACACUGACAGGCUUUGACCCUGUAAGAUUUGUAUAUAUGUAAUCGUACUGAUGCUUGUGAAUGUUGUGUAGUUUUAAUUACUGAAAAAAAAUGGUUGUUUUGUACAUUGUAAUUUAUUUGCUGGUAUCAAUGUUGUACUGGAAUUACAGAAACACCAAAGAAUAAUAAUAUCAGUUUUGGUGAUGUGUAGUACCCCUGCUGAUGUUUCCUCUUUUAUUUUUAUUUCAAAUUUUAAUACUCUUUUUUUUGUUUAUUUUCCCAGUUCAAGUUUUAUUUUCAUUUGUGUUCUGUAAAGGAAGAAAACAUUUACUUGAAUAGGCUGUGUAAUGUGAAAAGUUCCUUUCUCGCAUGCCUUUUGUAGUGACCCGUCUUUCAUAUUGAGGUGCAUGGUGCCAUUGGACAUGAUGGAUAAAAAAAAAAAAAAAAAAAAAAGAGGAAGAGAGGGAGAGAGAGGUGAAUGAGUUAUGAUUGUGCCGUCCCUUGAUGUUCCAAGAUUUAAUUUACAAUAUAACAGUCAUGCUAAAAAUUAAUAAUAAAAAAAUAAAAUAAAAAAACA